GAAAGAUGACAUCAGCGCUGUGGGUAGUACUUUGUUCUCUUUUGGUGUUUCACCAGGGAUCAGCUUUAUUUUUGGAAGAGAACUGUGGAGUCGUUGAUUCGAAAACCAAUUUCUAUCCUUGGCUGGCAAAAGUUGGAACUAAAGUUAAUAAUGAAGUCAUAUGCACUGGAACGCUUAUUCACAAAAGAAAUGUCCUAACAACUGCAAGUUGCUUGAUAAACAGAGAAGAACUGGUGGUUUGCUUGGGGAAGUGUGAAAGCUCAGUGACAGAUAAUCGCUAUGAAGUGCACGAUGUCAUCAUGGUCUUCAUUCACGAGUCAUAUCUAUCAAGCAGCCAUCAGAAUGAUAUUGGUUUGCUAAGGUUGCCAACGAAUGUUGAGUAUAAGCCGUAUAUAAAACCGAUGUGCAUUGUGUUGAAUCCCCAACAAACUUGGCCAAAGUCCCGCAUCAAUAGCUUUCUGUUUGGCCUAAACUCCAAACAAAAAUCUUAUGAAUUCUUAUGUUCCGGCCUUCCCUGUAAGUCCGUUGGGAACCCCUUGAGCAUAAUGUCCAAGACGAAGAAUGUUAUCCAACAUGGAAUCCUAAGCUAUCGUAAUGCCACCACCUAUGGUUUAGUUUAUACCAAUGUCAUGGCACAUGUCGAAUGGAUUACAUCACGAGCUCUAGAUGUCGAUGUUAUUUUAUCAAAUUAUUCGCCAAUAAUGAGUGCCACGAGCUGGUUGGUGUUCUGCGCUCUGCUGCUGGUCCAUCAGGGUGAUUCACUCUUUUUGGAGCAGAAUUGUGGAAAGUUCAAGAUUCUUACUAGUGCUACACCGUGGAUGGUUGAAAUCCGAUCACUACACACUUCUAAAUUCCUCUGUGCCGGCACUCUUGUCAACGAACGAUAUGUCUUGACAGCGGCAAGUUGCCUUACGCUCGGAACCCCACUCAUUGUUCACUUGGGAGUGAUCGAUGGAUCGAAUAGAACAAGGGACAAAAUCACCUACGAAAAACAUGUUGUAGAGAUGGCUUGGAUACACAGAUUAUACUCCGCAGAAAGUCAUCAGAAUGACAUAGCUUUGUUGAAAUUGAAAACCAAUGUCGUAUAUAAGGAGCACAUACAACCGAUAUGCAUUGAGGUAAAUGCCAAAGAGGAAAAACCCAAUCCUACUAUUGAGAGGAGCAAGGAGAAAACUGAAUUGCCUAAAAAAGAAAAAUGUGGCUUUGGAAGAAAAUUUCUUAGUUGGAUAUGGCUAGCUGAUCCUUGUCCAAGUAAUAAAGUCGAGGUAAUUGUAACAAGCGAGCCCACUGAGGGUGGCAGCCCUUUGACCAAUAUGACAGAACCAGGAGUUUAUUCUCAAUAUGGUAUCCUGAGUUAUCAUAAUUCUGAAACCAAAAAGACCGUUUAUACCAAUGUAAUGGCGUACAUUGACUGGAUAAUAAAAGUAGCGCUGGACGUGGAGAUCAUCGAAUCUGCGAAUGUGUUAUGACUUCCAAAUGCAAAUAUUUCACAUCAAGAGCUUUAGUUUUCCUACCAAAUAAAUAUAAUAUAAUAUUUAAUACUAUGUAGUAGUUGUAAAAGUA